AUGCGAAACUACAACAACUUCAACCGCGUGUGGAAGGCGCCGCGCCGCCCGUUCGAGAAGGAGCGUCUGGACCGUGAGAUGAAGCUCUGCGGGCAGUACGGCCUGCGCUGCAAGCGGGAGAUCUGGCGGGUGAACAUGACCUUGUCGAAGAUGCGUCGGACGGCGCGGUUGUUACUGACCUUGCCGGAAAACCACCCCCGACGACUGCUGGAAGGCGCCGCCAUCAUGCGCCGCUGCCAUGACUACGGCUUCCUCGACGAGGAGAAGGACAAGCUCGAUUACGUGCUGUCCCUUACCGUCCCGGAUAUUUUGGAGCGCCGUCUGCAGACGAUCGUCUUCAAAGCCGGGCUCGCGAAGUCCGUCCACCACGCGCGGGUGCUCAUCAAACAGCGCCAUAUUUCGGUUGCCAAGCAGAUCGUGACGAUCCCGUCUUUUAUUGUGCGGGGGAGCAGUGAACGGCACAUCGCGUUUGCCGACGCAUCGCCGUUCGGGAAUGGCCGCCCAGGCCGCGUCCGACGCGUGCGCGCGAAGGCCAGCAAACGCGCCGCCGCCGGUGGUGGCGACGACGACGAAUAA